UGGGAGGAAUACUCCCUAUUAGCUAGAAGCCAUUAAAGACUCUCCUCUUACAUCUUCACGCAGAGAACAUGAACUGUCUACGAUCGUCAGCAACCCUGCACUCGGGUCGUCGCAGGCCAGAGACCCCUGUUUGUGUUGCUGAUAAAGUGUAAGGAUUCAAGUUUUAUAAGGGUGAACACGCAAGGUGAGGAGGGUUGACGCGACUGGGGAGUGUGCCGUUUGCGUCCACGUGGGAUUUCUAUUUCCCUUGUUUCGCUAGGCCUCGUCUCAGACAAACAGAAGCCUCUUCCGUAUCUGGAGCUGGUGGGAGGCCUGGCCACACACACGCCACCCCCUCUGGCUGAACCCCCGACAGAUCCACGGUCGCGGAAAUCCCACGGCCCGCAUGGACUCCACGUCCAGGAAGCACAAAGAUGACCCCGAAAACGCACCAUGUUCCUCGGCCGGAAGCCGCGGGCUCGCGCCACUCUCUACUGCACAUGCGCGAAGCUAAACGGGGAGGUGAAGGCAACCGGCCGGCGGGACUACAGUCACCGGAAGAACGAACCUUCUCGCGAGAUGAGGAGGAUGGGGAAGGGACGAGAGCUUAGGAGCGUUACCAGGGAGACAGCUUUAGUGUGUGUGGCUCCCGCACUUCUGCCGGGAGAAGGCUGGGCAGCAAAAAUUCAGACCAAGUUCUGAGCCCGCAGUAAAAAGUUAGAAGUCGAAGAUCAAGUCACCAGUAGAAUUGGUUUCUCCUGAAGCCUCUUUCCUUGGCUUGAAGAUGGCCUUCUUCUAUGUCCUCACCUGGCCUUCUAUUUUGUGUCCACACACCCCUGCAGUGUUUCUUCCUCUUCUUAUAAGGACAUCAGUCAUAUUGGAUUACGGCUCUAUCUUUAUGACCUCUUUAACCUUAACUAUCUUUUUAAAGGCUUUAUCUCCGGUGAUAAUGUCAGAGAAGAAAAAAGAUGAAGACAGUGGGACCAGCACAUCAGUCAGUAAAGCAAGCAAAGAUACUUCCUAUAAGCGGCAAAGCAAAGAUGGUGACUGGGACUCUUUACAAAUGAUGAAAAAAACAAAGCAGAACCAACUUACUCCUGUAACUGAUUCAGAAGUGGCUUUGGUCAAUGCCUAUCUUGAACAAAGACGAGCCAGGCGCCAUUCUCAGUUCAGCCAGGUGAAUCAGAUCCAACAUGAUAGUGAUACUACUGAGUGUGACAGUGAAGAAUCUAACUCAGGAGCCUCCUCAUGGAAGGAGAGUGAAAGUGAACACCAUCUGUCACCAGCUAGUAUUAAGAAGAGAAAACUAGCUCAGAGGCAAAGGAAUGUGGGAAGUUACCAAAUCAGGGAAAGGCCCUGCCUCCACUGCAAAGCCAUGAGAACCAAUGAAUGGCUGACCCGCCAUUUCCUUCAAAAUGCUUCAGCAACAAACCACAUGAAGGCAGAUAUUCAAGAGGAAAAUUGUGUACCUGAAAUUAACACAAAAUUCAGUAAAUUUUGAGUUUUAUCAAGUCCUUACUUGCAGCCAGAUGAAAGAGAUGAAUAAAACACUCAAAAAAAAAAAAAAUCACCAUAGCUCUAGGUGCAGAGGCUUUUACAAUAAAGUUUAUCUACUAACAACAAAAACAUACUU